UGAAAAAGAACUAUAGUAAAAAAUAAAAAAUAAAAAAACUAAGUAAAAAAAUGAAAUAAAAAAAUUAAAUAAAUAAAAAUUAAAAAACAAAAAAUAAAAAAAAUCAAUAAAUAAAUAAAUAAAAAACUUGAAAUUAAGGGAACUUUCUAUUUUAACAUUUUGUAUUUAUUUGAAUUAUUAUUAUGGCAGCUGUCGUAGCCGAAUGGGUUGGUGCGUAACUACCAUUCGGAAUUCAGAUAGAACGUUGGUUCGAAUCUCAGUGAAACACCAAAAUUAGGAAAAAGUUGUUUUUUAAUAACGGUCGCCCCUCGGCAGGCAAUGGAAUGUAUUUCUGCUAAGAAAAAGCUCCUCCUAGGAGUCGGCAUGAAAUUGUAGGACCCUCCAUUUGUAGAAUAACAUCAAGAUGCACACCACAAAUAGGAGGCGGAAAAAAUAAUAUGUAGACUAAAUUUUGAAGGAAAAUAAACAAAUAAAUAAAAAACAAUUGGGUUUAUCAGAUGUUUAGAUCAAGCUCGAAAGUGGAAAAAAUAAUCUGUAAACCAAAUUUUGAGGGGGGGAAAAAUAUAUAUGUAUAUUUAUAUGUAUUUAUUUGAAUUUAUGUUAGAAAACAUUAGUUAAGUUCGGUCUUAUGCACAAAACGCAUUUAUAGUCGUUUCUUAAUCGCAAAAUAUAUACUAUAUGCACAAAUCGCCAGAACACUUUCAAUAUAAAUUAUUUAAUAUAAUUUUAUAUUUUGACAACAUUUAUUUUAUUAUAUUUUAUUUUGAUUUAUUAUUUGUUUUCAUUUUGUUUUAUUCAAUUUAAUUUGAUUUUAUUUCUAUUUCACUUUUUUUACUCUUCAAUUCAUUUUAGUUGACUUCGAUUUUUUAUUUCUAAUAUUUUUUAUGCAAAUUAUAUUCGCGUAUUCAUGAAGUCCAAUUAACUGUUAAUCCGAUCAUCUGUUUGUUAAUUUUACCUAUUCAGUAAUUUUUUGUUGCUUUAUUAACUCGCGCCGUCUAUUGAUUUUUCACCGCGCUCGCGAUGUGGCUCUCAGGAGUUGUCAUUGAAUGUAUGGUGGGGCGUGGUGAAAUUUUGUUUUACAUCUGCUGUUUAUUUCCAAGCCAACCAACCGACCCACCAACCCACCAACCCUAGCCCUAAAAUCGAACACCCAACACUUGAUUGUUAUCAAACCUUCAUACCCGCACAGAUUUAGCGCACUCCGCCAAAUACACAAAUACGCACACACGUACUUAUACACAUUUAUAUACAUACUUAUACUCAUAUGCGGCAAGCUCUAGAGCAAAUGUGCUCGUUCGCAUUGUAGUCGCACAAGAAAAACCCUAGUGUGUAGAUACAAAAUUUUUUAAAACUGCACAAAGGAUACGCGUUUCAACACAGAAAUAUUAGAAUUUUCACCGUGAAAUACUGAAUAAAUAUUUAAAUUAAUAUAAAAUUUAAUAAAUAAAUUUAUUGAAAAUUCAAUUGUAAUGCGCGCACAUUUUGCUGGUGAUGUUGCCAUAGCUGAGCACCCAACAGAUGCUGGCGACGAUAGCAUUGAUAAAAUUGAGGCCGAGGCAGAAGCGCUGGAUACACGUAUCGAUGAAUUUAAGCAGGACUCCAAGAAUAUGGAGGUCGUAUCGGAGUUCAUUGAUGAUGUGCUGCAAAAGGCUGAGGCAGAGGCUGUUAAGCAGCAGGGUGGUCAAAAUGACAAAGUCUCGCAACAGCCUAAGGAGAAAACGCGUCAGAAUUUCAAGAAUGGCAAAAUGGUGAAUCGUGCACGUGGCUUGGUGGUGCGCAUUUUCGACGCCAUCUGCAAUUGCGCCAACACAGCUGCCGGUCCGGCGCAACGCAUUAAAUUACGCGCCAAACGUGCAGCUUCGAACGCCGCAGCGUCAGCCACGGAAAAUGGCACCGAGGGUAAGGAACAGAAUGCCAAUGGCAAAGAGAAAAAGAGUGACAAGAAGCAGAAGGAUGCUAAGACGGCUAAAGAAGAGGUUAACGGAGAGGAGGCAACCGCCGGCACCGAGGCACUAGCUGAGGACGGGAAAACGGAAGCGCAACCAGAUGAGUCAGAUAAGAAGCAAGAAAGGGAAGCAGAAAAGCAACAGUAAUUACGUAAAUAAGAGGGAAACGCGUGUGAGUAAUAAGUAAACAUUGCCAAUCAUUUAAUUUAUAUUGCUUUAAGGGAGUGAGUGAGAGGCAGUCUAAGGCAUUUAGGCAAGUGGGCGGAAAAGGCGAGAUCAAUUGGUGGGAGAACGUAAACAUUGAGUUGCAUGCAUUAGACUGGAAAGCGUUUUUAUUCUUUAUAUAAUAUUUUAACAUUAGUAUUACCAGUAUUAUGCUUAAGCUAAGAUCGAAUUGGUCAAUUUUGAUGCAUUUACAUAGGAAUACGCUUAUACGCAAUAUACUUAUGCUAGUAUAUACAAAAAUACGUAUACAUAUAUACAUAUGUGGGUAAGCAUUUCGGCAAUAAAUUGCUAUAAUUUCCAUUUAAGCGUUUCCUACCAACGAAUGCGACUUUUCUUCCCACUUACCCACCGCCGAUGAUUUACUUAUCUAUAAUCCAUAAUAAUAAUGAAAUAUUGAAUUGCCGUAUUUAAUAAGAAAAAGUUAAGUUAAGGAAAGUACAUAUAUACAUACAUACACAUCCUAUGCAACCACUCAAAGGUUUUCCAAGCUCACGUGCAGCUCAAGUGUUGCACAACUACAUACAUAUAUACAAAAAAUAUAGAAUUUCUAAAUCACAAUCGAUGUCACUCAACCCACAAAUAAAUUAACUAUACCAAUGUCCACUUUUUAAAUACUUAUACACAUACAUAUAUACAAUUUGUAUCUUUCAAAAAAAUCCACCGCUCAAAAUAGACCUUAGAUACAUAAGAGUAAUAGAAGGAGUAGUACUUGCAUUGAAAAAAGACGGCGUAGUCGAGUGAAACAAAAAAACCUGAAUUUUCAAAUGAUAGAAAAAGUAAAAAAGCUUUUGUAAAAAGCAGUAACGCUGGCAAAUACUUACCCGACUGGAUUUCUACUAUGGAAAAGUUGUACAUAAGAGCAUCUGCUUCACGUAGGUGGCGGAAACUGUACCCCUCCUACUCGUAAUGGAGGGGCAUUCGUAUACAAAUUUUAAGACUUACACUAGAAACUUUAAGAGAUGCUCGGCCACACUAUUAGGGUGUAUCCACACUAUUAUAUUGUAUUCUGCUUCUUGUUUGGCGCCAUACGAGAUUUUGGCUCAAUGCCAUGUAACACUUCCGUAAAAUUUUUUAACUUUCGAUGAUGGAACAAAAUUGUGGGUGCGUCCAUUUGCAUGGAAAAACUAAUACGAUGGCAGGGGCAGCGUUUAUAAGUGUUCGUUAAGUGUCCUUAGAAACGUUCGUUUGUAAAAUAGUUAGGUCACAUCAAGGCACAUCUACAAGGUUGUAACAAUGGCGUGUAUUGUGUUGUCUGUUGUUGCUUGAAACCUCUAGACCAAUGAUUGGCAGCCAUAGCUCAUUGUGCGCUCUCUGAGUAUGCUGCUCUAUGUAAAAGCGAAGUAAAAGGUAAACAAAGUUUCACAAUUUAGAGAACUGUUUAAAUUAUAAAAAUGCAAGAAUCGUAGAAACAAGAUGGCACCCAUCAGGGAGUGCACUCUCUAAGUAUGCUGCUCUAUACAAAAGCAAAGUAAAAGGUAAACGAAGUUUCAUAAUUUAGAGAACAGUUUAAAUUAGAAACAAAAUUGGACCCUUCAGAGAGUGCGUAACAUCACAUCGGUGCAGUUGCAUGAGAUGGAUGUGAAAAUGCGAACAAGAAUGCAAGAAGAAGAAUAAGAAAUGACACAAACAACACACGAAUGCAUUGCACAAGUGCAACGUCACGCGCACAGCGAUUCUGUUUAACUCGCUGAGAGCAAAGUAAAAGGCAAACGGAAAAAGUUUAACAAUUUAGAGAACUGUUUACAUUAUAAAAAUGCAAGAAUAAUAGAAACAAAAUUGUGCCCAUCAGAGAGUGCGUGACAUCACAUCGGUGCAGUUGCAUGAGUGGGCAGUGAAAAUGCGAACAAGAACGCAAGAAAAUAAUAAGAAAUUGCACAAACAACACAGGAGUAAAUUGCACAAAUGCGACGGCACGCACACAGCGAUUCUGUUUAACUCGCUGAGAGCAAAGUAUUAUUAUUCUCUCCAUUGUGAAAAAUGUUUAAUAAGCUGCUCAACUGAACCCACUACCUUGUUUAUGUGCCUUGGCGAACAUACAGGUUUUUUGAGAUUGACUACUGGCUACAGCACUAUAAAGCGGUUGGACUGUGGACGUCAUUAGGAGUCAUUUCAUAAGUUUGUGUAGUUUUUACACGCUUGGGAUUCAAACUCAGCGAAUAACUCCAGUAUGAGGAGCUUUUCCAUUAGUUAGGUAAUUACUAUGUGAGUUAAGCGACUUCGUUCGUUCGUAAAACGUUUUCGGCAGAGGAAAUGUUCUAGUCGGUUGUUGUGAUGACCGUUUCAUUUGAAAUUAACCACCUACUUCUAAUGAUUGUUGACAUAUCAAUGUCAUAUUAGUAUUAUAUAUACAUAUUGAGGAUAAAAAUAUGUGUACAAGCACUUGCUUCGCUAGAAAAAAUCCAUUUCAUUUACUCUGUACUAAUAGUUAGAGAAUAAAUAUGACCGAAUUCUAACUGAGACCCGAAACAUAUGCCCAUAUCGAAUUCUACUAACGUACACCAACAAAUAUCCACCUAACUGAUUUUUAUCAAAAACUAUCAACAUUUACAUAUUAUACACGUACAUAUGUAGAUGUACGCAUAUAUGUAAGUAUAUCCGAAGGUUUAUUAACCUACACAUAUUUAAUGAGGGAAUUUGACGAGCACACAAUCAAUGUAUUUUCUAACUAAUCAACUACUUAUACACAUUUACAUACAUAUGCCCAUAUAAGCCUAUAAUAUAUUAGCUAAGUAACAAUUACUAAGAAUUAGAUAAAAUUAGAAGAUAAAUCAAUGUAAGUGUUAUAUAUACAACAUAUAUGCAAUAUAACACUGGAUCUCAUUAUCUAUGUUUGUAUGUGUGUGCAAUUAUAAUAAACUAGCACAGCCUCGGGCAUUUUAUAUUAACCUAUAAAUAAUUUUGCCCCACGCACUUAUAAAAUAUGUAUGUAUGUGAGCAUUUGUACCCGUAUAAGGAAAAUACAAUAAUAAAAUACAAAUAUAUCUAAAAAUAUUUGUGAAGCCUAAAUGUGUACUGAUUUUAUGAACCAAAUUUACUUAAAUGUCCUUAGAGUUUUGCUCAUUGAAAAUCAUUUAAACAAAAAACACUCUACUUACACUUUCAUUGUAAAACCAUUACAUUCAUACUUACAUCAAUGCCAAAACCAGUAAGCAAACAAAAUUUUUAUAUGGAACAAAAAAACUUCACAUUUUACAAGAAAGUAAUUUGUUUGAAGGUAAAAUUGUAUUUGAAGAAUAAACACCGAACACUUUUGUAUGGCACAAUUUUGUGGUAGACUCUUUGAAGACGUAAGUAUUUGUAUAACUGUAAACAUAAUUUUUGAAAUGACUUAUAUAUUUAAAGCUGUGUACUUAUAAACUUAUACAAAUUACUGUAUCGUAUGAAUCUGAAGUUGAUUACGACAAAUCGUUUGAUAAGAAGCAUUACCUAACAGACUGUACUGUGAUCCUUUCCUAUUCUUUUAUAUUUGGUUUUAUACAAAACAAAAACAAAUAUAUGAAUAUAUAUAUUGUUAAUAAAUAUAUAUAUUAUUCCGGUGUGUCCUUAGAAUUGUUAAGUUUGCAAAAUAAAGUUUUUGUUGCAUGAUCCCUUUAAAGGAAUGCCUGAAAUCGGUAUUUGAGGAUACUAAUGAAACAAAAAAAAAAACGGAUGCAAAAAAUAGUUGGAUUCUGAAUAAAAUUUUGCUAAUUUGCAGUGCUGAUUUUUAGUUAUUAGUUUGUAGAAAAUUAUUAUGAAAUUUGUUUUAAUCGGCUCGUCUUAUUUUCAUCAAAUUUCCAUGCCCGGUUUAGUUCCGCUCGAUAUCGAUUUGCUUAAAUUAACGUCGCAAAAAUCGUGCAUAUAGAUGAUAGAAGAAAAAAACGACGACGUUUCAACAUAUUUUUAGGCGCUCGCGUUACUUUUUAAAAUAUUUUUGACGUAUGAAAUUUAAGGAUAUCGGCAUCUCAUUCGAUGACCGUCGCGGAAGUUUUGCGAGCUGUCACUACGCGUUUCCUAUUUAAGAAGCUAAUAAUUAACCCUUUAACUGUUUAACUGUUGUUUCGAAAAUUUUUUUCUGCCUGCCUAAUUAUUUUCCAGCGGAGAGGAAUAUACGCGAAAUGAACAGCGUAAAAUGUUCCUGCCUGUAAAAAUAGGCAGGUAUGACUAGAAAUCAAAUGCUGCGUGUUGAUUUUUUAGAAAAUAUAUACAAUAUUUUUCUUCGUUGUUAACAAACAAAAUGUAUUUCAUUGAUAAAAAAUAUAUCACAUAAAGAUAAAAUUAAAGAAUUAUAGGAAUUAAAACAGAAGCAAUAAAAGACCAAAAGAAUUUCGAGAAAUCUACUUACAGUCGUCCAUAUUGAACUUGAAUUAUUUUUCUUUUCUUUUUCUGAUUCAUUGUACUCUCCAUCUUCAUCACUACUCUCUUCAAACUCUACCCUGUCGUCUUCAAUGUGAUCACUGAUUUCUGCAUCUUCCUCACUACUUCCUGCACCUUCAUCACUGCUAUCUCAUCACUCCACUCAUCAGAAGACGACAAAAUUAUCAUUCUUUUGCGUUUUUCUCUGUUUAAACACAUAUCUCCAUCACUAUCAUAAUAAUUCAUCUGGUAGGGAUAAUUAAAAUUAUAUAUUUCACAAUUUAAUUCCUCAAAUAAAGUCCUGUCAAUAAAAUCCACAUGACUCUUAUAAAUUUUCUUCUCUCAACUAUGACAUUGCACAAUCAACUGAAAAGUGUUUACGAAAUGUUUUUUUAUUUAAAAAAAAAAGGGUUUCGUAACGGAACUUCCCCAGAAUUUGUUAUUUCAGCUUAAUACAAGCUAUCGUGUAUUAAAAUAAAUAAAGUUGCCGACUAACGAAUAUUCUAAAAUGUAUAUGCCCCCUUUUUCAGGAGAAAAAAUUACAGUUGAUUCGUUGAAUACGAUGAUACGUUGUAUAACACGAUACGAUUUUUUUUAUCUUCACGACGAGUUUACUCGAUAUUGUGCGAAAAAUUUUCGUUUCGCUCUGACGAGUAUACUCGACAUAAACAGUUAAAGGGUUAAAACAAGAGCAGAUUAGAGGCUCGGCAGAGAUGUUUCUCAUAAAAAGCGAGGUAAAUUUACUGUUAUUUUUAUUCAUACAGUUGAAUCAAAGCAAGUUAUUCUAUGUGAAGUGUUAUUGCUAUUGAGCGCCUAAACCAGUGAAUGACACAAUUAUGGGCAAUCGGUCCAAAGGAUAGAAAUGGUAGUUAUAGUAAGCUCGCAGCAUUUUUAGUUUGGAUAUGUGAGUACUAAGAACAAUUUUAAAGAUCUCCCUAUACUGAUGAGACUUUCCAUAAAUGUAUGCUUUUUAUUUGUUUAUCUUUGAAAAUGAUUUUAAUUAAAAUUUUUCGUGUGCGUCAAAUAUGAAAAUAAAGUUUAUUCUUCUACAAAGCGCUAAAAAAUCUAAAUUUUAUGUAGAAAGUUUACCAUUUUGAAGAACUCUUAGAAAAAUUUCGAGUAUGCUGAGUUAUAGUCCAUUGCAUUUCAGCAUAAUAAAGUGCAAGUUUUAAGUGGCUCUAAAAUCGCGUUGAUUUUUGAAAAUUUUUUUCUGUGCAUUUUCUCUAGCAAAAAAAAAAUUUAAAUAUUUUCGACUUCAAAUUUGAAGUUUGAAAUGUUUUUUUUUGA